AUGCCGUCAGUCAUGCAACAAGACGAGAACGAUCAUGACAAUAAAUCCACUGACUUUUGCAACAACUUCUGGGGUCCAGCAGAUGCUGGUGUUGAUAUUCUAUUCGCCCGGAUGCGGGGUGCGAUGAGGACGAUGAAUGAGCUGGGAAGCUUUUGGAAAGAACGAGCAGCUAUUGAAGAGGACUAUGCAAAGAGACUGGCGAAACUGUCUAAAAUGUCAUUGGGGAAGGAUGAAUUAGGUGAACUACGCGCAUGUUUAGAUGCCAUUCUACAAGAGACCGAAAAGCAAUCUGGCCAUCAUCUUACGAUGUAUCAACAAAUCAAAUCCGACAUUGAAAACCAAGUCAAUGUCUUCUGUACCAAGCAGAAUCAUCACAAAAAAGUCUACCAAUCUGUGGUUGAGAAACAGUUCAAGCAGAAACAGAUGCAGGAGGGAUACGUUACCAAAGCGCGAGAGAAAUAUGAACAGGAUUGCAUGAAGAUCAAUUCAUACACCGCACAGUCGUCGUUAGUUCAGGGGAAAGACUUGGAGAAGAUCACAUUGAAGUUGGAGAAGGCUCAACAAACAGUACAGCAGAAUGAACGAGAUUUUGCUAACUUUGCGAGGGCAUUCCAAGACACGGCUGCCAAAUGGGAAACAGAUUGGAAGACCUUCUGUGAUACGUGUCAAGACCUAGAGGAGGACAGAAUGGAGUUCAUGAGGGAUAAUAUGUGGGCUUAUGCCAAUUCUAUCUCUACCGUUUGUGUUGCCGACGACGAGUCAUGCGAGAGAAUACGCGUGUCGCUCGAACAAGUCGACUAUGAGAAGGAAAUGGAAAACUUUGUCAGAGACUUUGGAACAGGAAACCAGAUCCAAGCACCACCCCAGUUCGUUAAUUUUAACCGAGCUAAUGCCCAAACUUCAAUGCACUCGACUCUACGACCGGCGAACUUCGUUCGCUCCUCUCACAGGACAUCUUCAUCUCUCCACAAUAGCCCCAGUCCCAUGGCAUCAGGUCAAGCGCUUUCCUCUGAGUCUGAAGAGGAAGCCUUCGUCAAUAAUGCAGGUAGAGGUGCUGGCAACCGUAACUCGCAGUCCGCGAUGGAUACAGUCCUCAGUCGUCAACCCAGCCGUGGAGGUGGACAACAGCAACAGGCGAAUGGUAUUAACGGUAGACACUCACGUGCCAGCUCCAGAGCCUCCAACUCAUCGCUACGCGGAGGCGUUUCCCCUCAUACUCAACCUCCUCAUACUCAGCCUCAAACUCAGCCCCAGCCUCAGCGACAGAAUAACCUGAAUCGCAAACCAACCCAUCGAGUAUCAGUCCCUCCUGCCGAUCCUGACGCGGAGCCAAUAGACCCAACUGCGGAGACCUAUAUCAAAGUUGGAGGAAAUGCUUACAAAGUCGAUCCAUCCAGGGAUCCCCAGCAGCAAGUGCCGCGGCCCGGUGCUUCUACAUCGACUUUUUCUUCUUCUUCGUUACCAUCGAAGGCGAAUAGUGUCGGUGCUAUAGACGAUCCUCUGGCGAAGCAGUUGGAAGAGUUGAAGAGUGCCGUGUCUAACACUGGCAGCGUUAGGAGACAGAGCACCCGAAGAUCGAUUGGUGCGACUCCUUCGCGUCGAGGAACGAUGGAUCCCGUCAAUACCAACCUUGUUGCUCCCGGAUCUGCCGUAGGAGCGACAUUUCCGAGGACAUCUCCGUCGCCAUCCAGAGAUUAUCGUAACUCGGCUGAAAUGAUUAUUGGCGGACCUCCUACUACUUCUAGAUCUACUUCUCCCAACCCCAGUUUGUCCAAUCAGGCUCCCACAGCCGCUUUUAUGGUACCCAAAAAAUCUGUUUCGCCUUCGUCUGGUGCCGACAUUGAAGGUGUCUUGGCGGACUAUCAACAGGCGUUACCUGGCGAGAGGAAGUCAAUAUCUAUGUCGAGGAGAGGAAGCUAUGUCGGCCCAGCCCCUGAAACGAGCGAAGCACUCACUCACAGAAGUAGUGCAUCCUUGAGUCGCCCGCAGAGUCAGGCUGGGCAUGCGGGAGUCGGUGCUCAUGGUUCGAGGAGUCCUAGUCCUCAACCAUAUAGACGAAGCCCGAGCCCUCAACCUGGACAAAUUAUGCACUCCCAGACGGGGCAUCAGCACCACCAAAGUUCUGGUAGUAUAGGGUCUAAUCUUUCGAGACCGCAAUCCAUCUCUCAACCGCACGGGUUACAGACACAACAGCCCAAUGUCCAGAGGAGCCCGAGCCCUAAUGUUGGGAUUGCGCUUGAUCCUAGUGGUCGAGUUUUGCACGAUGAUAUGGCUCAGAGGUAUCAACAGCAGCAGCAGCAGCAGCAACCACAGCAACAGCAAUAUCGACCAGGGCCACCUCCCGUGGUACAACAGCAGCAACCAUUCAACGUGCCUCCUCCUCCACCCCUUUCCGCCCCGCCUCCACAGAAUUAUCACCCAACACAACAGCAACGUCAACCCAGCUAUGGUUUUUCGCAGGCCGGAUAUGGCGGUGCAUCUCCUGUUCCGUACCAUCAACAGCAACAACAGUCUACGUACUCGCAAUCCGGAUACGGAGGUCCUCAACAUCCGCCACCUGUACAACAGCAGCCGCCACAACAGCAACCACAGCAACCACAACAACAAGUUUUCCAGCAGGCUACUGGUUAUGGCGUGCCGCGUGGGCAGUCGGUAGGGCCGGGCUAUUACGGGCAACAACAACAGCAGCCGCAACAGCAACACUAUACUGGAUAUGGCCAACCGCAUCACCAGCAACGAUCGUUGCAUCCUCAACAGCAAUCCGGUUUCGCUGGGUAUAAUAGAUCGGCGUCACCUGCAGUUGGGCAACAGACGGAGGAUGGAAAUCCAAUUCUGUUCUAUGUGCAAGCAUUGUACGAGUACGAAGCUACCAUCGACGAAGAGUUUAGCUUCCAAGCCGGAGACGUUAUCGCUGUCACUGCUACACCUGAAGAUGGCUGGUGGAGUGGUGAGCUUUUGGAUGAAGCUAGGCGGCAACCUGGAAGACACGUUUUCCCGAGCAACUUUACGCGGAUCUAUCCACACACAUGA